AUGGCCUUCCCACAAUCGCUCUUCCGCUGGGUCGUCCCAGGUGCAAUCGCUGCCGGUAUUGCGCAAGCUUCGCUUUACGAUGUCAAGGGUGGAACUCGUGCGGUCAUCUUCGACCGACUGUCUGGUGUGAAAGAGAACGUUGUGAAUGAGGGAACACAUUUUCUGGUGCCGUGGCUACAGAGGAGCAUCAUCUUCGAUGUGAGGACAAGACCGAGGAAUAUUUCAACGACCACCGGAAGUAAGGAUCUGCAAAUGGUUACCCUCACAUUGAGGGUGCUGCACAGGCCGGAAGUGAAGCAGUUGCCAAAGAUCUAUCAGAACCUCGGUCUUGACUACGAUGAGCGUGUCCUCCCCUCCAUCGGUAACGAAGUCCUCAAAGCCAUUGUCGCCCAGUUCGAUGCCGCAGAGCUCAUCACCCAGCGAGAGCAAGUCUCGAACCGUAUCAGGACCGACCUUCUCAAGCGCGCCCAGGAGUUUAACAUCCAACUCGAGGACGUAUCCAUCACCCACAUGACUUUCGGAAAGGAAUUCACCAAGGCCGUUGAGGAGAAGCAGAUCGCACAGCAGGAGGCCGAGCGCGCGAGAUUCGUGGUCGAGAAGGCCGAGCAGGAGCGACAGGCCAACGUUAUCAGGGCUGAGGGUGAAGCCGAGGCUGCCGACACUAUCAGCAAGGCCGUGGCAAAGAGUGGUGACGGUCUGAUCUUGAUCCGUAGAAUCGAGACACAGAAGGACAUUGCACAGAUGCUAUCAAAGAACCCUAACGUCUCAUAUCUCCCCAAUGGAGGCGGCGCGGGAGAGGGUGGAAAAGGUGGAGGCAACUUCCUCUUGGGCCUGCGGGGUUGAAGAAGGUACGAAGAGAUGUGAUGUGAAAGAAAUGGAAACAUGAAACAAGUUUCGGAGCGUGCACUGUCGGCGAAUUCCCGACGUACGAAUGUAUCAUAUGGAAAAUCUUCUCUGUAUCGUUAGGGAAUUAAAACUCCUCUUUUCCCAUUCCAGCAACUGAAGUAUAUCUAAUGAAGUACGGGUACCAAAAUGAAGACAGCGAAGCUCUGAAAUAACAUGUAUGGCAUAUACCUUCUCAUGCGGUCU